AUGGACGAAAACAAAAAAAGAAGGAGGGCGUCUGGUAAGCAUUUGUAAAUUGAAUUUUUUCGAAACGAGGAGAAAACCCACUCAAACUGGUGGAAGAAAUGCGUGUUUUUGGUUGGCAAGACUUCUGUUUCGUCGUUUGCGUCUCCGUUUGCGUCGGUCCCGUCCGUCCGGCCGGAUUUCGGGCCGUGCCUUUCAGAUUGUCCUUCUCGGAUAACCUUGACACAUUGCCUUCCUUCUCCUCAAUUCUGUUCAACUCGUUUAUUCAAACAUUUAGCGGAGGGGCAAAAACUUUUUAUUUCGAAAUUCUCUGUUUUUCCAAUUUUUUUGGGCCGGCCCUGGACUUUUGACCCACUUGUAAUGCUGCGAUCGGACCCCAACUUUGCAGGCUUCUUGGACUUAGAUUGAAGGAUAUUCCGUCCAAGUUUCAGCCAGAUCGGACUAUUUACUAUCGAGAUACAGAGCUUGAGCGCAGAUUUUGGCCAAUGAUCUGCAUAUCUCGGGACCAGAUGACCCGAUCGGGCUGAAACUUGAUCCCACUAUACUUGAAUCCAAGUCCAAGAUGCCUUCAAAGUUUGGGUUCGAGCUGAAUAUUGCAAGUGGUAUUUGCGCAACUCUGAUUUUCGAUUUCUCUUCCACAGCAUUUUCCAGUCCGCCAAAACUCGGCCACCGUCGGUUUUCUUUGCACUUUGUGCCCGUUUGUCGAACUUUUCACCCGCAGAGUAGGCGGAAAUGCCCGCUGAUAACCCAUUUCAACUGAUUACCCGCCACUUCUCGUCACUUUGUACUGAAAUUUACAGCAGAAAUGGUCGGACACACUGAUCAUCCAGCCGAAUCUGCCGAUUCCGUCGAGCCGGUGAGUGAUGCAAGGUUUUCAGGGAAAAUAAUGAUUUUUGGAGAUUUUAAGACGAACGACGAGCUUCUGGAGGAGCAGAUUCGGGUGUUCGAUCGGCUGAAAGGGUCGACGAACUUCAAUAGAGUCGCCGAGGACGUGUACCCGGUGGCGGUGACCAAAGACAAAUUGGUGUGCGAGAUGGUCAUUCAGCAGCAGCAUUUGAACUCAAAGGUUCGAUUUGUUUUAUUUCUUUACUAUUUUAGUGCUAAUUUCGCUUGUUUUCCAUCCGCUUCCGACAAAAGGAAUUGAAUUCAAGCACCAGGCAUUCGUUUUUGUGAAAAACGAGUGGAAAGAACGAAAUUAGCACUAAAAUCGUGUUUCUCUAGGAACUCGAUCGCAAUCUAAUUAGAAAACUUUGCAAUCUAAUACGAACUCGUUUGAAAUAGAAUUUGCUUCAAUUAGAUUGCAAUCACUGCAAUUUUUCUAAUUAGAUUGCAAUUCAGGAAAAAUAUAUUGUAAUCUAAUACGAUUUUACUGGAACUUCAAUUAAAUCUAAUCUGAUUAGAUUGCGAAAUAGAGUUUUUUCUUAUUAGAUUGCAAACUCUUCUAAUUACUCAGGCAAAUCGUUUCUAAUCUAACUAGCUAAUUCUCGUUUCUAACCGGACCUAGUUAGAUUGCUACCGAUUUCUUAAUCUAGCUAGGUUUGCCCGAAAUUUUAAUCUAAUUAGAUAAAUUUUGAAUCUAAUAUCAGUGUUUUUGCAAUCUAAUCUCUGGCAAUUCGAUAUUAAUCUAAUUAGAAAGUUACUGAUCUAAACGCGACCUAAUUAGAUUCGACUGUUGUUUCUUGGCGCAAUCGAGAUUUGAGCCAGCAGACGGUUGGCGUGAAACUUGAUUUGAGCACUUAUUAAUCUAAUUAGAAGAUUUAUUAAUCUAGCUAAGCAAUUUAUUAAUCUAAUUAGAUGUCAUAUCAAUCUUAUCAGGCGGCCGUUAGAUUAAUAACGAAAUGCCAGAGAAUCUAAUUAGAAAAUUUUUCAGUCCAGUUAGAAGAAUUUGCAAUCUAAUCGCAGUAAAUUAGCAAUCUAAUUAGGUCCGGUUAGAAACGCGAAUUAGCUAGCUAGAUUCCAAACGAUUUACCUGAGUAGAUUGCAAUCGAGUUUCCAGAGUUUCCAGCCAAAUCGGCUUUGAAAAGAAGAAAUCCGAAUGACAUUUGUAGGGAACACUGCACGGCGGUCAAACAGCCACACUGACGGAUGUGAUCACGGCGCGUGCGGUCGGAGUGACCAUCAAAGACAAAGGAAUGGCUUCUGUGGAGCUGUCGGUCAGUUAUUUGCUGCCCGUCAAAGUGGGCGACGUCGUCGAAAUCACCGCGCACGUGCUCAAAAUCGGCAGGACGAUGGCGUUCACCGAUUGCGAAUUCCGACGAAAGUCCGACGGGAAAAUGACGGCGAAGGUACUUGAAUUCUAUUGUUUCAGUCGCUUAUAAGUUUUCUUUCAGGGAAAGCACACGUUGGCAUUCCUCCCAAACCAGCCAGGAAUCUCGGUCGAGCACGGAACUCAGUUUUAA